CGUGUGAUUAGUUUUUUUUAUGAAAGUUUGACACCUAAAAUGCGCCAAUUUGUACAAACCAUGUGUAAUGGAAAUUUUUUUGACAAAGAGCCUGAGGAGACAUUUGAAUAUUUUGAUUAUCUUGCUGGAAAUGCCCAAACUUGGGACACAACUGAUGUGCAUGAUAGGUCUAGGCAAGUUGAGUCUAGUCAUGGAAAAUAUACUUUAAAUGAAGAUGAUGAUUUGCGUGCGAAAUUAACUUUGUUGUCUAGAAAAGUGGAAGCCGUGGAAUUGAAGAAAGUAAAUGAAGUGCAUACUGUCCCUAAAUUUUCUGAGAAGUGUGACAUAUGUGAGGAUCGUGGGCAUUCAACUAAUGAAUAUCCCACGAUCCCUGCUUUCAAGGAAGUGUUAUUGGACCAAUCUAAUGCUGUAAACAUGAUACAUAAACCAUAUUCUGGUCCUUACACUAAUUCUUAUGAUCCAGGAUGGAGGAGCCACCCAAAUCUCAGUUGGAGGGGUGACCAACAUGUAACUUCAGCAACCUUGGCCCCGGAGCCCUCUCAACUGGCAAUUCAAGCACCUCCAAUGCAAAAGAAGGGAUUUGAAGAUACAGUUCAGCAGCUGAGUACCCAAGAGGAGGGUAAAUUUCCUGCACAGUCACAACCAAAUCCACAAGGGCAGCCUCAUCAAGUGCAAGCAAUAAGUGAGGAUCCUAACUUAAAGUCGGUCAAAGCGGUGACUACUUUAAGAAGCGGUAAGGUGGUAGACAUUCCAGCACAUGAGCCAUACAAUUCUGGUAAGGUCUCUAACCCUUCUAAUAAAGAUGGAGAGCAUGUUUCUGAUGAGCAUGAGAAAAUUCAUUGUCCUAUACCUGCUCCUUUUCCUCAGCGAUUGGUUCCGUUGCAUAAAGAUGACUUUGAAUUUUUUGAUUGUUUUGCAGAUUCUUCUUUACCACUUCAAGAGACUAAGCGAAUGCCUUCUGAAUGGUCCACCCAAAAUAAACGUCGAUUUCUCUCCGAGCAAAGAAAACAGUUUCAAAAAUUUUGCAAAUCCCGAUGGAGUGGGCCGUACAUUGUAAAUCCCAGGGAAGUGUUUUAAGUUGUUUUUCCUUCUUUACAGUUUUCUUUACUUG